AGUUCAUAUCAUCAUCUCUCAUGCAUGACACUGCUACAUACAGGCAUCUUGGAAUUGUGUUAAGGAGGACCCGUGUUCCAGCUCUUUGUCCUAAACGUGUUCACAAUUCUCUGUCUUUCAAUCAGAAUUCAUUCCACGACAGCUAUAAAGGUGAAAGAGCGUCGCGACAGUUGCGAAUUAUAAGGCGUAUUAAUCGAGUCAAGUCGCGUAAGCAACACUAUGAGUCGAUUUCCCUUCAGUAGAAAGACAGUUGGCUUCUAUCAAGUCAUGGCUACACCGGUACCGCAAGCGCCCGAACCAAGUUGUACAAUGGAUUAUAGACAGCACGACUCGAAUAAGAAGUCUGUGUUAUUCAGAAGGGAACAAGAUAAGGAAACUAAGAAGAAAUAUUUCACACAAAAAUAUGGACAGGACCAAAUGAUGUUGAUUAGAAAAAGGCUGGCAGUAGAGGACUGGGUGUUUGAGCAGUUACGGGAUUUAUACAAUUGUGUGGAAGCUGAAGAGGAUCAUAAUUGCAAGCUAGACUUAGAAGAAGUUUUAAAUUUCGACAAUGAUUGUGAGAGAAGAGAAUACGUAUUAUCAGAAUUAACAGAUGCCAAAAAGCCAGAAGCUGAUGUUUUUAAAUUCGUAACCGAAUUAUUGCAGAAGGCACGGACAUUAUAACAUGGUGAUCUGUCUUUUCACAUCGUGAAUGAAUGAACUGUGUGUGUUUGUGCUACAGUCAUGUGACCUAGUCACAUGACAGCUGAAGAUGCAGAGCACACAGUGAGGUGGCCAGUGCCCCACACUAUGGAUAUUAUCAUUGUACAUAAGUCAGCACAGCCUCAUCCCUCGACUCCCCUCCUUCCAUGGACACCUGGACUACUCGCAUAUAUGGCUGGGCGUGCGGGCCAUCUUGUGUAGAGCAGUAUUACCUUAUAGAACCCUGGUUCCUGUAUCCCUGCUGUAAAUACAGAAUGUACCUCAGAAAGCUGGUCCACACCAGUCAACAUACCGGGCUGAAGCUAAUAUAUCGCACCAAAUGGGACUUUAUUCAAUGGGCGAGUUUGCAUGACAUUAGGGCAUCCCCCCACAUCUGACGGGAUCUACAGGUGAUUCACAGAUCUCUGAAGCCAGGCCUCCACCAAGCAUUUAUACCAUACACUCUGCUGAAUGGCAAAUCUACAGUCUGCUGCUGCUAUGUUCUAUGAUUCCAUGACUGUGAGGUACAAAUCCAUACACAAGAUGGACUUCCUAGUUCAUGUUGUGGUGGGGCGGCGGUGGCAGUGGCACCGGCUCCUCCUCCUGCUGCUGCUGCUGCUGCUGCUGCUGUCACGUUCUGCUGUUCAGCCUUCACUGCCACCGGGGAAGAGUGUGGCAUUAUGAUAUGAUUUGAACUAAGGGCAGAUGACCUGUCGACUAGAAUACUUUAGUUUAGCAUUGGCCUUGACUUCAGUGUGUUGUUAUUUUAGUACCAAUUUUACACAUAUUUUAUUACUCUUGUUGAGGAGAACUGCUGAUGUCUGUACACACAUUUCCCAAAUUGUUGUCAAAUGGUAUUUUACAGGUGAAAUAAUAAUAAUAAUAAUAAAUUAAAGUGAAACAUAUCGACGGUAUCUUUGGUAACAAUUACAGAAGAGAAUUAGCUAUUGAUGGGGGACUGACUCGCCAUUCUACUGGGCAGCACGGAGGGGAAUGACGUGCCAGUUUCCAACCUGGCAUCAUACAACUAAGGCAUUAUCUGGCUGGCUGGUUGGCUGGCUCUUUAUUCAGUGAUGGAAAGUAAACUAGAGAGAAAUGUGCGCUAUGAUAUUUGAAAAAAAAGAAAAAAUGGCAGCAACAUUUCAGCUGAAGUGAAAUAGUUCAUGAACUAUAUGAUUGAUAAAAGAAGAUUUGGCUGGUCUGUGUUAAGGAUUUCUCCAUGGCAUAAUGAAUUUCUAGAUAUGUGCUUGCCUGUAGUACUGCUUCUAGCAAUGAACAUCAACACGUUUCCCAGAUGAAUCGGUAGAUGAUGAUCAAAGGAAUGUCCAUCAAUUUGCUAGUUUUCAGUUUUCUUGCUGCUAUAAAGUUGCUGCUGCUGCUCUUACACUGCUGAAGCCUGAUGUCAUGGAAACAAACAAUUUGGUGUUGUACGUCUGUUCUUUAAUCUCAAUGUGUUUCUUAUGUAGCAUUCUGUUAAGCAUUGGACGCAGACAUAGAACAAUACCUAAUGUCAAAGGUACAGCAUUCUGUUAAGCAUGAGUUGCGAACA